ACCUGAUCAGGACGCGUCCAUCGAUCGGCGGCGCACGGCCUCCCCGCCCAAACCAGGUCGCUGCCCUCUCCCAUUGCCUUCACGCGUGCGGCUCAGCAUGGACACUUCGCGACUCACCGAGGCCGCAUUCUACGCGAUCUUUGUGUGCGUCAGCUCAGGGCUCGUCGACAAGCUGCUUUACAAGCGCAGCGCAACCGCCAAGCAGACGCUCGAGAGCGCCUUGCACCACCUGAUGUCCGCACACGGCGUCUUGACCUUUGCGCUGAUGCGGCUUCUCGAGCCGGGUCAGCCCUUUGCGUCGGACACCGCACCCACUUCGAGUUUCGCUAUCCGAGCCGUCCUCGCUCUCUUCCUUUGGGACUUUGGCUACGGUCACGGCUGUGGAGUUGGGAGCUGGAUCCUGCUCAACAUGCACCAUGCCGGCGCUCUGAUCGCGCUGCAGUUCCAGGCGCGCGCCGGCGAGGCGCGGCUCGACACCUUGCUCUUUGGCUGGCUCUGGGCUAUCCACGCCUUUGGCCUGUUCGCAAAGGUCCAGAGCAAGCUCGUUGCGUUGACAAUCGGCAAGGAGUACUGCGCGAGCGAGGGCCAGCGCUCCGUCGUCCUGGACGGCGCCAAGCACGUCUAUUCGCUCGUCACCGUCCGCCUCAUCUACGAUUACCUGAACGCACCGGGCCAGCCCGGCUUGGGAGUCAGACACUACCAGACCUGGGCCGUGUGCGUGAUGCUCACCGGCCGCUACCUCGUCAACGACAACUGGCGCAACGUCGACUUUCUCCGCCGCGUCGAGGCGCCCGGCGCCGCCCUGGUGUUUGUCGACCAUCUCCUCUUCCGAGACCCGCACCUCGACCGCGCGUGCGCCAUCCUCCUCACCGCCCUCGCCGGCCUCAUCACGCAUGCGGUCUUCCUGGCGCAGCACCGCCCUAAGCCGGCACGCUACCACGGCCCGGCGGAGCACGAGGAGCUGAGGGAUUUUCUCGACGAGGCCACGCCGCGAGUGUUGGAGCGGGAGCAGGAGCCGCCCUCGAGCCGCGUGGCGGCGUGGUUUGCGACGCAAAAGACGGCGCGCGGCGAGGCCUUCGCCACCGCAUACCCCGCGCUGGCUGCGAUUGUGGCGGGCGACGCCAAGGCGCUGGAGCGGCAUCUCCUCGACGACCCUUCUCGCGCAGACAGCCCCAAUACGGACUGUCACGACAGCCGCCCGCUGCACUGGAGCACUGGCCUGCAGCGCGCCGACGCCACCUUGCUCUUGCUCAAGCACGGCGCGAACCCGUACGCAAUCGACAAGAACACGGGCAAGGAUGCCGUGGACAAAGGCUUGACUGGCUUCUCGGUGCUUAGUGGAAAGGCCUGCCCGGGAGAGCUCGGCGGCUGCUCCGACUUUUGGGCGCGGCUCGACGGCUUGUGCGUCGCGCGGUCGCCGCCCGCGGUGGACUGGGCGAGGCUCAGCGUGGGGACACGCAUCUGGCGCGUCAUCGCCAAGUUCUAACAGAGCUCUGACGUCCGCGCGUCGCGCGCCCCGCCGACUGCAGCUCCGGUUCCCCGUGAUUGUUUGUUCAGUGCUGUCUUUGUUCAGUGCUGUCUUUGUUCAGUGCUUUCCUUGUUCAAUGUGUGUGUGGUCAAUGUGUGCCCGGGUGCGGGAUCACACGGGUGUCUGAGCACUGCGCGCGCCCACUUCGCGGUGAGCUCCGGGCCUGUGUCUAGUCAUACAAUGCGAUUGGGUCGAAUAUGCUCUCACUCAUCUAGUUACGGGUGGUGCAACGUGUGUCCAAUAUGUGUUCACUAGGGUUGUUUAAAG